AUGCCAACCACGACCAAGUCACUCCGCAUCGCAUUGGAAAAUGUUGACUUCCGCCUGCCAACACAGGUCACAGACGACAACAGCGUCCUCGCACUCAAAUCACUAGUCUUCGAGCCACUCAUCACAUGGCGCCCCCAUGGCGAGUUCAAGCCAGGCCUCUUCGCGUCGUGGACAGCAUCACCCGAUGCCCGAAUCUGGAGCUUCCACAUUCGUGACGGUACAACAUACCACGAUGGCGUGCCAUGUACAGCAGAGAAAGUCGUAGAGUACAUCAAGGGCUUACUUGAUUCCACGGACUACUUUGGGAUGAAAUGGAGCUACGCCAGGUAUUUCGCCACGACAACAUUCUCCGCAGCAGACGAAAGGACAGUGCGAGUGGAAAGUACCGCGCCUUUUGGCGACUUGCCCCAGAUCUUCAAGGAUUUCUGGCCCUGUCGGAUCAACGUUGAUGGGAAGCCCAUCCUUGGAACAGGACCAUAUCGGGUAGCAGAAUUCUCAAGGCAGAACGGACGAGGCCACGCCGUUCUCGAACUGAUCGAUGCAUCUACCAAGACACAUCUCCCCACAACGAUCACGGCGAUACAUGAGCCCUCCGCUUCAAAGCGACUCGCGCUCCUGCGUGAUGGCAGCGUUGAUCUCGCCCUCAAUCUCGAACGAAUUUCCGAUCGCAGCUUACUCGACUUCCAGCCACCGUUGCUCUGGGGCCGACAAACCAGCACGCUUUCCGUAAUCUACUACCUCAACAACUUCACUGGUCUCUUCUCUCACCCCUCCGCUCGCUUGACGGCCAAUCUCGCCAUCUCCAAAACGGAUUUGAACCAAGAUGUCUACCAUGGCCUUGCCACGGCCGCUGCGACAGCGGUGAGCCCCUUCCAUCUCGGAUUCCGCGAAGCAAACUUGUCCCCAAUUCCCUACGACGCCGCACUCGCACGCUCUCUCCUAUCAUCACUCAAGCUUUCAGACCUACCUGAAGACCAGAAAGUGCCCACAAGCAUUACCCUACGUACCCCAACUUAUAUGCCGGAACAUGCGGAGAAGAUAUCCGCAUUCAUUGCCUCGUCGCUUGAGGCUGUAGGAUUUCCACCCAUAGAAGUCAAAGUGGAGUACAAUCGCCCUGAGUAUGCGCGAUCCAUCGGAUUGAACAAAGAUCUUGGAGAUCUGGCACUAUUUGACUCAACUCCGAAUACGACGUUCCGGGUCUUGGAUGACAAAGUGUCGCAGAGGAAGAGUGAAGAGAAGACGUGGUGGAUGGGGUACCGUGAUGAGGAGUUUGAGAGACUUUUUGAAGAUGCGAGGAACCUAGGAGUGGAUGUGCAAAUCGCUGAUGACAAGGGUGAAAAUGGUAAGGGGAGAGCGGAUCUGUAUGCGAAGUGUUUGAAAAGGCUACAGGAUAAUCCGCCGUGGGUAUAUGUAGCGCAUCCGGAUGUUGUAUGGGCUGCGAGAGAAGGUGUCGAUGUUGAUAUCGGGCCGACUGGUGUUCUCAAGAUCAAGUAA